AUGGAGUCAACAGGAGCAGGUACCCCGGUUAGAGGAGUCGGGGAGCGCGUCCAGGAACAUUCUGCUAUGUUACAUCAUCUUGGUGCCAUGAUGGAUCGUGUUGUCCAGACUAUGGACCGCUGGGAGAGAAUGGAAGACUCCCCAGUGCCUCGACCAGCACAACCGGGGUUACCUCUACCCGUCCCAUCCGGAGCCAGUCCCAGUGGCAUGCGUCUCUCCCUUCCCAGGGAGUAUGAUGGGACGGCAGCACAGUGCCAGGGAUUCCUGGUACAACUGGACCUCUACCUGGCCACUGGGACGUGGAGCGCCCAGGAUUUUGCCCUGGAAUUCCGGACCUUGACCGCCGGAGCAGGCAGGAACGACAGGGCCCUCAUCGGCCUCUACCGGUGCAGCCUGCGCGAGGACGUCCGACGAAGAGAGAUGGGGGGAGAAAACAUCACUUUAAAAGUGUUAUUGUGUCUCAUUGAUGUGUGUCUGGGGCUGCUGUGUGUUCUACUGGCUGGGAUCAUAGGCCUGUCUGUCUACUAUGAUGGGGUCUCUAAGAGCUUCAUAGCCUAUAAAACCAACUCAUCUGCAGAGAUAGAACAGCUACAGACCAGCUACAACAACCUGACUAAAGAGAGAGACCAGCUACAGACUAGUUACAACGCCAUGACUAAAGAGAGAGACAAGCUACAGACUGAGAGAGAUUUUCUUAACUGGAGGCUUACCAAUCUCAGCUGGCAGAAGUUUGAAUCCAGUUUGUACUUCCUGUCUACUGAGACUAAAACCUGGGAGGAGAGCAGACAGGACUGUCUGGAGAGAGGAGCAGACCUGGUGAUCAUAAACAGCAAAGAGGAACAGACAUUUCUCUUCAACCUCAAGAAGAGAGUCUGGAUUGGUCUGACUGAGUCUGUUAAGGAGGGGACCUGGAAAUGGGUGGACGGCACCCCACUGACCACAGGGUACUGGUAUGCCAAACAGCCUGAUAAUGCAGGUCCUAAUGGGGACGAGGACUGUGCUGAGAUACACGAAGAUCAGAGUCCUCUAAAGUCAUGGAAUGACAUGUCAUGUGACAGCAAACUCAACUGGAUUUGUGAGAAAGUGAUUUAACAUCACCAUGACAACAUACUGUACCACAUACACAGUGCACAGAACUUCCUCCUCUGCCUCUGUCUCUCUGUCUUUGUCUCAAACUCAGGCACACAAGUAUAUUAAUAAAAUUAA